GUUUUGAAGAAGAAAGUUGAUCACUCCAAGUGAGAAAUUCUCUUGCUGUUGGGUAUGGAGAGGUGACAGUAGCGUAAUGGCAUCUGCAGCAGUGCGACGUGUAGCUCUUCGGGCGAGGCCUGCCUACCUUCGGCCCAGGCAAUUUUCAGUUGCCCGACAGCUUCGAGUGCCACAGGUUUCUGCAGCGCUGUCUCAUGCGUAUGAGUUGAAUCAAAGUGAAGGAAUUGGUCGAACUCUUUUUGACAAAGUCGUGCACACAAAAGAAGACACUCCAUCAUCAUGGGAUGCUCUCUUUCCAUACAUGUUGAAUGUGUUCCAAAUACAGAAGAAGAGCCCCAUCCCUCUGUUCUUGCAGCUUGACAAGAGAGGGCUGCUUAAGGGCUAUGGGAAGUGCAGCGCUCUCCGCUACUUCUUGCAGGAGAAUGACUCAGCUAUGGUGGAGUACUGCCUCAAAACAAUGGAUGCAGCAGAUUAUGGUGACCGUGUAUUUACGGACGUCAUCUACUAUCUAGAAAAGCAAGGUCGUCAUGAAGAGGCGGACAUGAUCACCAAGCACUCCUAUCAGCUGUGCGAUAGCAAGAGGCUUUUUACGAGAGCGCCUGCUAUGGUCGAAAUUGUGCAGCGGGCUAUCAAGCGGACGCAGCCCUUUGCCAAGUUCGACUCCUCUGAGUGGCUAAAUGUUGCAGAAUUGACCUACCUUUGUCAAGACUUUCAUGAUCAGUCUAUCGACAACAGCAACUGCGAGAGCCGUUUCCGUGCCAAGAACUACAUGACACGGGCUGAGUUCCGGGCCUGCUUUGAAAAAGAGCUGUGGCUUGAGUCGAAUCCUACUGAGUCCUGCUUGUUUGUCAAAGUCGACCAGUUGAACAUAACAGUGCGGCAGGCCAAUGCCACCUAUGUCGGCAAGAUCUCCAAGUUUAUUGAUCAGCUCGUCAAUCAGUUUGAGGUGGGCAUGGUCGACUUCAUCAAGAAGAAGCAGAUGACAGUGCGUGAUAUCCUUGUCCACCCGGAUGGUAUGUUUCCCCUCGGCCGUGCUGUCCAUCUGCCAGGUUUACUACUGUAUAAGUACAAAUAUUCGUUCACGAAAUCUUUCGACAUAUACAUCGCGUGGUGGUACAUAUGACCGGUGGAGAUGCUA